AUAUAAGGUGCGCGGGCGCAGCUACCGACAGACUACAUUCUUCUGUCGACCACUGCAGUCAACAUGCGUUCUCUAGUAUUAUUCGCCCUCCUAUCCGUGGCUGCGGCCAAGCCUACUCCUGGAGACCUUCUGGGUGGACUGGGUGGAUGGGAUGCAGGGCUUAGCUACGGCCACGCGCCGAUCUCAUACGCGCAGCCAGCCCUCACGGUGGCGCACGCCCCGGUGAUCCAAGCCGCGCCCGUGGUUCAUGCCGCCCCGGUGGUACAUGCUCCUGUCAUCGCGGCCAAAGCUGCCACCAGCUACUCGUCCUUCCAGCGCGUGAUCCAUCCAGCGGUGGCGCAUCAAGUUGUAGCCCAACCAGUGGUCCAUGCCGCUCCAGUGGUCCAUGCUGCCCCAAUAGCCGUGGCGCAUGCCCCCGUCUCCAUCGGUCAUGGCUGGGGUAGCGGCUGGUAGUUAAUGUAUGUUAAAAUGUAAAUAAAUGUUCAUGUCAGUUGGUUUGUAAGCGCGUUGAGAUCAUGCCGAAAAUGUCGGGGUGGUGCAAAUAAAAUAAAUAUUUAUAUCAGUAUUUUUA